GCGGGCGGCGGUUGGCCGCGCGUGGGCGGGACCGUGGGCGGGACCGGGGGCCCGGGCGCUGCGUCUGGCGGGAGCCGCCCGAGCCAUGGCGGGGUGGGGGUCGUUCUACCGGGGCGAGGGGCUGGAGGAGGAGGAGGAGGAGCAGCAGGAAGAGGAGGAAGGGUCUGAGGCGGUCGCGGACCAGAGGGUUUCGGGCCGGGACAGCCUCAUCUUCUUGGUGGAUGCCUCCAAGGCUAUGUUCGAGUCCGACGGAGAGGCAGAGACUCCUUUCGACAUGACCAUCCAGUGCAUCCGGACUGUGUAUACCAGCAAAAUUAUCAGCAGUGACAGGGACCUGUUAAGUGUUGUGUUCUAUGGUACAGAAAACAACAAGAAUUCAGCAGAUUUCAAGCACGUUUAUGUUCUCCAGGAGCUGGACAAUCCAGGUGCGAAGCGUGUUCUAGAGCUGGACCAGUACAGGGGAGACGAAGGACGGGCACUUUUCCGGGAGAGCUUUGGCCACAGCGCUGACUAUUCCCUGGGUGAAGCGCUCUGGGCCUGCUCGAACCUCUUCAGUGACGUCCGAGUCAGGCUGAGCCAUAAGAGGAUCAUGCUCUUCACCAACGAGGAUGACCCUCAUGCCAAUGACAGUGCUAAAGCCAAGCUGGCCAGGACCAGAGCUGGUGAUCUGAGAGACACAGGUAUCAUCUUGGACUUGAUGCACUUGAAGAAGCCUGGAGGGUUUGAUAUCUCUCUGUUCUACAGGGAUAUUAUAAAUGUAGCAGAGGAUGAGGACCUUGGGAUCCAUCCUAAAGAGUCAGAGAAACUGGAACAUCUCAUGAAGAAAGUACGAGCAAAGGAGACAAGGAAACGGGCUUUAGUCAGGCUAAAUCUGCAUCUGGGCAAAGAUGUGGUGCUUUCUGUUGGUGUUUACAACUUAAUUCAAAAAGCUUAUAAGCCACUUCCAGUGAAGCUUUAUCGGGAAACUAAUGAACCAGUUAAAAUCAAAACAAGGAUGUUUAGUGGAAAAACAGGCAGCUUGCUCCUGCCCAGUGACACUAAAAGGGCUCAGACAUACGGAAAGCGACAGAUUGUGCUGGAGAAGGAGGAGACUGAAGAAUUAAAACAGUUUGAUUCUCCAGGUUUGUUUCUGAUUGGCUUCAAACCACUUUCAAUGCUAAAACAGCACCACCAUAUCAGGUGCUCCCAGUUCAUCUAUCCUGAGGAGUCCCUGGUGAGAGGCAGUACAACUCUGUUUAAUGCCCUAUUGAUCAGGUGCUUGGAGAGGGCGAUGAUGAUGCUGUGUAGGUACACCCCUCGCCGGAACGUCCCUCCUCGCUUUGUGGCCCUGGUUCCCCAGGAGGAAGAGCUGGAUGAGCAGAAAGUGCAGAUGGCCCCUCCAGGUUUCCACUUGAUUUUUCUACCCUAUGCAGAUGACAAACGUAAUGUUGAUUUUACAGAAAAUGUGCCGGCCAGCCAAGAGCAGGUAGACAAAAUGAAGGAAAUAAUUCAGAAGCUGCGGUUCAAAUACAGGGCUGACAGCUUUGAGAACCCAGUUUUGCAGCAGCACUUCAGGAAUUUGGAGGCUUUGGCGCUGGAUAUGAUGGAACCAGAACAAGCUGAGGAUCUUACAAUGCCAAAGUCUGAGCAGAUGAGCCAUAGGCUGGGCAACCUGGUGGAUGAGUUUAAGCAGCUGGUUUAUCCCCCUGACUACAAUCCUGAAGGGAAGGCUGUAAAGCGAAAACAAGCUUCUGAUGAUCAAACUGAGAAGAGGCCCAAGGUAGAAGUCUCAAAAGAUGAGCUGCGGAGUCAUGUGCAGAAGGGCACUCUGGGCAAGCUCACCGUAUCUGUCCUGAAGGAUGCAUGUAGGUUUUUGAGGUUGAGGUGUGGAAGCAAGAAGCAGGAGCUCGUGGAUGCUUUAACUGAAUACUUUAAUAAGUGCUAAGCUGGAGAGGAAGGCGGUUUACUUCUGUCUGCUUAGAAUCUUGAUGGUCUUAUGUGGGUGCUGUGUCUAUUUAAUCUUGCUACGAAAGGGAUGGCAACUAAAUGUUGCUUUGUCUAGGAGUGGAGAAACUUUUUACUUAGUUGUGAAACAUCUCUGCAAAGUUGGAUUCUGUUGACAGUAGCUAAAGGCAGAACUAAAUUCCCUGUGAACUCAGGUCACCCACUGCACACUGACAGAGUUGUGCCUUGCUGGAUUCUUAAUAAAAGUUUGGACCUUUUCCUUUGCAA